UCAGGGGUGGGUAUAACACGUCAUUCCGCGAGUGAAAUUAACCCUUAUAGUUCAUGUUAUAAUUUGUGAUUAAAUGUAUAUGAACGCCCCAGGCCAGCUGCCAAAUGGAAUUCACCAGCGGUGGUCCUCAUAACUUCUCAUUACUCCGGAGCAGAGACAAGUCUGUGGUGAAACUCCACCUCCACGGCUUUGGUUAGACAAUAACAAACCCAAACAAUUUUGUUGAUAAACAUUGCAGUGGGUUGGGCGACCCAGGGUUGAACUUUUUCCUGUCAGUUGUCACACUGUUCCAAAAAUGGCUGCGCUCCAUCAUGAUAAAAAAAAAAAAAACAAGUUCAUAUGGCUUAUUCAUUAAAGCCAACGUGGAAUCGUGUUUGCAUUAGCAACUAAAUCUACAGAGACAGCAUGGAUUAUUGUGGAAAGUACAUAGCAGUUAUCCUGGCCUUCUUAUCUGUCUUUAUGCAUGUGCUCCAUUCCUUUCCAGAAGGAGAUUUAAUGGUUCAGGGAUGCCCAGAGUGCAAACUUAAAGAAAACACCUAUUUUACAAAAAGGCUCGGAAAGGCCCUGAUUUUUCAAUGUACUGGAUGCUGCUUCUCUAGGGCCUAUCCUACUCCAAUGAGAUCAAAGAAAACCAUGCUGGUUCCAAAGAAUAUUACAUCUGAGGCAACAUGCUGCGUGGCAAAGGCAUCCACAAGGGUCACAGUGAUUGACAAUUUGAAGAUUGAAAACCAUACAGACUGUCAUUGCAGCACCUGCUAUUAUCAUAAAUCUUAAAUAUACAAUAAAUAUAAGACAGUAUUGUAUGUGAUACGUUCAUGCUCUCUUAGCUGGCUUUCAUGCUGUUUAUUUUUAUUUUUGAAACACAUUUUCAUGAUGUGAUCCUACAUUCUUCAUUUAACAUUGUAUAUUCAUUAUUAUACUUCUUAAUGGUUAGACCAUUAUUGUUUUAAAAAUAAAAAUGCUUUUGCAUGACUGUUAUGAUAUUCAAAUCUGGAAACAGGUAUCAUUACUGUGUAACAAAGGUCAUCUUUUCUGAAAAAAUAAUGAAAAAUGUGCUUGAAUUGUG